UCACGGAGCACAAUAUCUCGUGGCAGAGGUGCGUUGCAUUAUGCAGCGAUGGGGCCCGAGCCAUGAGUGGCAGCAAGACUGGACUGUUUGCGCAUGUAAGGAGGGUGGCUCCGGGGGUAAUUUGGACACACUGCCUGAUUCAUAGAGAGGCUCUCGCCUCCAAAGAUCUCAGUGUUGAGCUCAGUGGUGUGUUUGAUGUCGUUGUCAAGACGGUCAACUUCAUAAAACGAAACGCAUUGAAUACACGCCUGUUUUCAUCCCUAUGCCAUGACUUGGGAAGUGAACACAGCUCUCUCCUUUAUCAUUCAGAGGUGCGUUGGCUGUCUCGCGGCGCUGUGCUCGCCCGUGUGUUUGAACUACGCGGAGCUAUCUACGAGUUCUUGUGCGAGAAGCAUUCUGAUCUGGCUUCCAAUUUCAACGAUAGUUACUGGUUAACUAAGCUGGCGUACCUCACAGAUGUUUUUGCAGAGCUGAACAAGUUGAACAGCUCCAUGCAAGGGAGAGAUGCAAAUGUCAUGCAGCUCUACGAGAAGCUCGACGCAUUUGUGAAAAAAAUGUCAAAGUGGAUCGAACGAGUGGAGAGCAAUAACUUGGCGAUGUUUCCUUCAGUUGAGGAAUACCCUGACAGCACUGACAUCAACGACACUAUAUGUGAGCAUUUGAGGAAGCUUGUGCGUCAAUUCGCAAAGUACUUCACUGAUUCGGAAGAGUGGCGCCGUGACAGCAAGUGGAUCCUGCUCCCAUUCAGUGACGAUGCAUCAGUAGGGUCAAGUCUGACGGCUGUGGAAGAGGAUAAGCUGAUUGAGAUGUCCACAGACUCUGUCAGGAGGCAUAUGUACGACACACAGCCCCUUGUUAAAUUCUGGAUAAGUUGCCAGACAGAAUUUCCACAGCUUGCUGCAAAAGCAAUGAGGUGUCUUUUGCCCUUUCCAACCACAUACCUGUGUGAGAGUGGUUUUUCUACACUGGCGUACUUAAAGAAUAAGUACAGGGCUAGGCUUGAUCCAGAGAAUGACAUGAGACUGUCUCUGUCUACCAUUUCGCCACGAAUAGACAGGCUGUGUGGACUUCACCACGCCCAGAUAUCACACUGACAGCAGGUGAUUGGUGACAGGUCUGUCCUGGCUGGGUUAUAAAAGCCCUGACCAGCCAGCAGUUGAGGCUGCCUUGGUCUUCAUUUGUUGGAUUUUGGUUCUCCGGUGUUGUUGGAUUUUUGUUCUCCGUUGUUGUUUUGUCACACACCUAGACUGACUUUGCAUGACAUUUUUAGUUACUUUUCCCAAUACUGAAUUGCACAACACUUUAUUAUUCUUUAUUCUUUCUUUAAAAUAAUCUUUAAUUUAAUUUAAUUUAAUAAAUCUACUUUUAUUAUUAUAAAAUCUGCGUGGCCUCUCUUUCAUGUUUCAUGCAUUGAGCUAUGCAUGUAACACCAAAUACACACGCGCACGCGCAGGCACAUCAGUGGGCCGCGGAUUGCUUUCUAGUCCGAAUGGUGGUCCCUGGGACAAAACCAGUUGAAAA